UUAACGUCUGAGAUCUGAAUGAUUAAGAUUCAGACCUCCAUUAAGUGCAAACAAAUGAGGCCUAAUUGUUGUUUGUCCAACAAACCAGUCUCACAUUACUCCCUAUAAGAAUGAAUGAUUUCCACAAAAAUCAAAGUAGUCGAGUUUCCACCUGCAUCAAAGACAUAGCAACUCAAAAUAUAGAGAACAAAAGGAACAUUAAUAUAAAGAAUCUUACAACUUUGAUUAGUACGAUUUUUAGAAAUCAGAAUUUCUAGACAAAUUUGAAGUUAAAAGAACUAUUUGAUUGCCUAAUGAACCUUGGUGAAUAUCAAAUGACUCAAUUGUAACCUACAUACAUCAAAGAUUAGAAGCUACCUAUAUAGAUUGUGGAUGCUUCUAUUCUAUAGCAGAUAUUACAUCUGCUAGAGCUGAAAGUGACAUGUCAAUGUUCUGAGCUUCCUGAACCAUAGCAGAAGACUUCUAUGUACCAUGAUUGUGCAUAAUACGACACUUUUAUGUACAAUAUUGCAGAAUAUAUAUAUAUAUAUUAUACGUCUCUAAAGCUAUUCAGUUCAAUCAUAUAUAGUUAAAUAGUAUAGAUAUAAUACCCAAAGAUGUAGUAAAUGUAUGCAUUCUCAAGCGCAUUACAAAUACAUCUUACUUUUUCAUUUGCUAUGACGCAAACUAUCCACCCAGCUUUGUAGCCAACCUUUGCCUUUCUAACACAGCAGCAUAUUAGAAGUUUUAUUACAGUACCUUCAAAAAGUCUCCAUGUUUCAAGUCUUUACCGAGGUCAAUUCUGUGAAAAUUAUUCUCAUUCGAUAGCUAUAUUGAAAUGCACAUAUAAACCAUGCUGUUGUAUUUUAUGAAAUAUAAAUAUAGCACAUAAAUUCACAUACCAAUGAGUACAAAUUUAAAGACCAUUGGAGCUAUAAUAUAAGGAAGUUAAUCCAUAUAGUGUUGUCUGCCUAUGAGUACCAAUUAGUCCCCAACUUAAAAUAACAGUGCAUCCAGAGGUCCUUACACCAGUCAUCUACUGCAAUGUUGCAACCAAUAAUAUUUUUCCUUCUCUAUUUUUUUAUAAGAAAAAUUUAUAUCAUUCUCCAGGCAAUUUAUCUAGAAUAAACCUCUACUAACCAUUUUAUUUAACAAUAAUAUGAAAAAUAAAAGUAUUGACAGUUCAAGAACUCAAUCCUUAGAAAUGAAUAUAAUGCAAUGUUUAGGAAAUUGGGUGCUACAAAAUUUGAGUUUUAACUUCGUCAUCCAGAAAUGAGUGCAGGUCUUUAAUGUGUUAAGAAUAGCAAGAGUCGUAUCAUAACCUUAAGAAACAAAAUAAAAAGAUACAUGUGGAUGACAUUUCCAUGUGAAUAUAUGCAAAGCUGUGUUGCCCUUCUUGCCACGCUUAAUCAAUAUUAGUUGUCAGUAUCUAGUAUUUCCUCGAUCACAGAACUAUCCUGACCUUCAACAGUGAUAUGAAGUACAGUUUGACGCUUUUUCUUGAUGGAUAUUAUAUCUGGAUCUAGCUCGUUAAGCGCUUUUAGAAUAUGUAAGGACACACACUUGGCAGUUGUGUUUAAUGCAUUUUUUCCAUUCUUCCUAACAAUUUAUGUGGAGCUCACCUGCAUUUAUGCAACUACUCAAAAUACAAGCCCUCUUUAUUUAGCUAGUGUAAAUGGAUAUUUAGAUAUGGUGAAGCCAUUUUACUUUAUAAAGUCUAGGCCACAUGGCCAAAUUUCCUUACAAUGCCUGUAAAUGACAUCAUGUGCUUUAUACUGUCAAACAUCGAAAAUACAGAAAAAUUGGGAUUGGUAGACACUCUUUUAUCUCUUUUAAUUCAAAAAACCAGUAUCCUCACCAAAACCAGUAUCCAACGAGUUAAAGUUGGGCCCAUCCCAUACUUAAAAAGCUUUCCAAAGCAGGCCUAACGGGUUAUAUAGCGGGUCGAAUAUGGGUUGCAGCCCACACGCUAUAACCCUGUGCUACUAUACUCCAACUCUUUCAGUUCUCUUGGCGCUUCUCCGUUGAUUCCAGAGCCAUUCUUUUGCUAAUGACAAUGUUCAGAAUCUUGAUUCAUUAUAAAAUACCUAGUCUUCCAUGUUGGAGUCGUGGCUGUGGGAAUCACAUUGUUCUUGCUUAUAAUUUGAUCCAUUCCUAUUCCGACAUUGCUUUCCGAUGUUUAUAAUCUGACUUCACAAUUGGUUCUUUACUGUCAGUGCAUACGUCUGUCACUAUAAUGGUUGUCAUGGUGACAGAGGACUAGUUAAAGUAUUCGAGCCCUAGCAAUUAGCAGAGAGAAGAUCUAAACCGCGCGAAGGAUGUCAAAGUCUCUCAAAGUUCUCAUUGAAGACCUGCUUCUAUUAUCAGAACCAAUAAGAGAAUCACUCUCCAAGGCACCCUAUACUCCUCCAGAGGGUUCCAGUGUCUCUGUCAAAUCCAUGCUAGUGUCUCUUCUUCCUUAUAGCAAAUCGCUAUCCAACUCAGAACUCUCGGAAACUGAAAUGCAGAGCAAAAUAAGGGAUUUUAGCUUAUGCUGUGCUGCAUUGGCUUCCACCUCAGAAUCCACCCACAAUCAGCUCUCUUGGGUUCCCAAUUUGCUAUCUAUUGCUGCUGCCUCUGCCUUCAAAGACCUAUCUAAAGCUUACGCUAGAAAAGUUGGUGGGAAUGAGUUGAUGAAAAUUGGCGAGCUGGAUGGGGAUUUGAAGUCUCUGCCAAAUGAGAAGAUGUUGGCCAUACAGUUAAUGCCUCAAGUGUUGCCUUUGCUAAAAGGCAGGAUUAAGGAGAGCAUGAUAGAUAAAUCAAUUGAUGGUGAUGAGAUAUCAGCUGCAAGCGCUAGAGUUCCAGGGGCAUACGCCAUUGUGGCCGCUUAUCAAUUUAGAUGGUUCAUUUCUCAGGUGGAUUAUCCUCACCUAGGAAAAGUGUGCUCUUUGGUGAUUCCAUGUGCCUUAACAGCUCUUGAUCAUUGGUCGUCUGAAGUAAAGGGACAGGGCAUGGUUAGCUUAAUACAUCUAGCAGAAAAUGUCAAUGCUGCUGAGAUUGGUUGGUAUGAAGAUGUAAUUCUUGAUGCUUGCUGCCAAAAUAUUGCUUCCGAUGAUGAGACAUGGGAGCGUGUGGUUCAAAUGUCUGUACUUAUGGUGACUUUCACCCAGAAAAGUAAUGCUCGAAGCAUAUGGUAUGAAAAAAUGUUGAAUGAGAUGUUGAGUCACUUGGAAAGGCAACCAAGAAACAAGGAGCGACGUAUUGCAUGGCUACAGCAUGUUGAGCCACUGUUCAAUGGUCUUGGUCUUGUGCUGCUAGCUCAUUUCAGGCGACUUUUUCCCCUUUUCUUCAAGUGGAUGCAUGCUGAUGAUGACAGAACUGUUGUACUGGUUCUUGAACUAAUCAAAACAGUUGUAAAGUUGACAUGGAUAAGGAAUUCGCCACACAUUGAAAGAUUGGUGGAUGAGCUUGUUAGUCUAUACAAGGAGGCAGCGCUGAAAAUUGCACGUGAAGAAAUUAGAAAACUUGUUCUUCAGACUAUAAUUUUGAUCCAACAAUCCAAGGGCUCGCAGUUCAAAGCCGUUUGGGACAAGCACAAGGAUGAUCCCGACUUGACAGUUUUCCAUCAUUCCUUUAGUGAACAACAGCUUGCAAUGGGAGCUGUUAAUGGUUAGUGGCUUGCUGGACUUGAAUACAUACUUGGCCUUUUGAGUUGCUGAGGGAGACAUUUUGGAGAAGUAUACAUUUAGUUCUUGCAUCAGUUUCCGUACUCUACAUAACUCGCCCGUUAGCUCUUCAUUCCUACAUAGAGUUGAGGGUAAUGGAGAAUUGUUUGGGUAGAAACAAUUGUCUAUUGGGGGGUCGUUCAAUGAUGAGAUUGUUAUGCUUUUCAACUAUCUAUCAGACGAAGGGAUUGAAAGUGAUUUGGCGUCCAUGUAAAUAGUUAGUUAUCUAUGGGCACAUACUUUCAAGUUUAGUUGUGUAGUCAAAAUUCAGUAAUUCAUAUUUAUUGUAUGAUUUUUCAUCUACUUAAGCUUAUUUUGCUGUAAUGUACAGUAAAUAUUCUAUCUUGUCUCAA